AACAAAAUUAUAGAAUGUUUAGCUUUCGAGGAGAGAAAAAGGAACGUAAACAGGUACCUUCAAGUAAAAUAGUAUCAAAAUCAAUUGAUUUCUUCGUCAGCUGUUCCAGGGCUACUAUAAAUAUUUGUAAUGUUAAUUUGUUGCCCUCGGGAAUGUCAAUUUUAGAUAUUUUGUUAGGAUAGUAAUCGAAAAAAGUCAUGAAAUAACUACGUUUAGAUAGAUAUAUUCAUGAAAUGCAUCUUUUCCUCUCCUUUCAAGAAAAAAAAUAAAACUUUGAUCUCAGUCAUUUCAUAAAAUUGUCAACCAGUUAUUGUGUUUAUUCUGAUAACAUGAAACUAAUUAAUGUAGUGAAAUGUUGCGUACUGUGUUUGUUUUAAUAAGCCUUUGUUUUGUUACAAUUAAGGUAGAGGAUGUGCCAGAGAUUGAAGAUGACCAGCCAAGAAAUCCCUACACAGAGCUGAGACUUCUGUCCUCACAUACAGACAUUGUUCAUUUGUUGACUGUUAUUGAUGAUAGAAGGUAAAAUCACUUUUAGCAUAAUAUUUACUCUUACAUACCAGCUCUGUAAGUAUAAUAGCGUUGUCAUGGCACCAGUGUGCCUCAUUUCUCAUUUCGUGGAGUUGUAAAUAUUUCCUUUUUUAGAACUACAUCUACGUCAUAAUAGUUUUUGCUAGCUACCACAUGACCUUCAAUUAAAUUUUGUAAACACAAGUGAAAAUCCCUGAGGUCUCAAUGAAAUUUGUUGGGAACCACCAGAUAUUGCUUUAAUAUACAGAACUAGCCCAGAGCAUUUGCCUACACAUCUUGCUACAAAGGAUCUCUGUAAGAUUUACUCAAUAAAUCUGAGCCUUAUGGAACUUGUGAGUCAUUCAGUCUUAACCCUUUGAUCCCCAAGAGUGACCAGCAUCUAAUUUCUCCCAACAGUAUCAUCCCUGAAUCAUACAGUAAGGUCAUGAGAACAAAGGAAAUGAUCACCAACAAAGGAGGCUCUUGAUUUUCAAACAAGUUCUCCUUGUCAGUACCUUAAGAAAUGUAUAGAGAGCAGUAUGGAGAAUAUACAUACUGAUGUUAGGGUGUAAAGGGUUAAGUUGCAUGGAUCUCUCCACCUCCAGAGCUGAUGCCACUACAGGCAUACAUGAUGCAAUAGAAGUCUAUAAGCAUAUAUUUGUGAGAAUGCAUAUUAUAUAUGACUUGUGACUAGCAGUAACUGAUGAGAAGUUUCAAACAUGCAGUCUUGCUAAAAUGUUUGGAAACUUAUGUCACCUAGCAUGAAAGUAACCCUUUUGUAGGGUAAGUUUAUCUAGAUGGAAAUUUUACCCGUGAUUAAUCUCUUUUAAAUUACUUUCAUUUUGAAUGGAGAAAGGGCAGAUAUCAAUUGUGGAAAAAGAUUUGUUUUGUCUCUGAAUUCCCAGAAGCUCAGUUUUUUUAAGAGGCAAACACCUUAUGAGGCUAGUACAGUUUACUUUCUUAAUAUGCAUUGUUUGCUUAGAGCAUUUUCUCUCUUUUUGACAAAUCUAAUGGGGGACCAACUGUGAAGAACAAGUUUUUUGGACAAAAGUUAGAAGCAACUCUCAAAGUAGAAGAGAUUGUAAAGGGCUCUGCACCACUACAUUGAAGGAAAAUUUUAAUAUUAAUUUGGAAAAUGCUACUUUGCGUCAAUGUAAUAUUCUGAAGCAAAAUGGUAUAUUUUUGCUUCCAGGUUUGCAUCAGCUUCUGAUGAUAACCUUGCAGUCAUUUGGGAUGCUAAGGUCCUUAUCAGAAUGAGUAUAAUGUUUUAUUUUAUGAAUUCUAAGACUUUUUUGUCAUGACUUAGUAGCCUUCAUAUUUAGAUGUUUGCAUUCUUAGCUUAAAACUGAUGUAAUUUUUAUGCAUAGAAUGGAAAGCGCCUCAGUGUUUUGAGAGGUCACACACGACCCAUUAAGUGUAUGCUCCUCUUGCAUCAGCGACAAGAAUACCAGAAUGAAGAAACAGCCACCAUUCUUUUGCUCACAGGCUCAUCAGACAGAACCAUAUUAGUAUCCUUUCACCAUCAUAGUUAUAUGCAUUCAUGGGUUAUUAUUAAGCAAAUUGACACUCAAGUUUAAUCCAUUAACUCCCAUGAGUGACUGUGCAAGACAUAAUUUACCCUCACAAUAUCAAUGCAAUAUCAAGCAGACAAGUGAGGAGAAUAAAGAAAAAUAUCAAUAUAUAUAGGGGAUUAUAAGUUGAUCCAAUACUAAAUUCUCCAAAUAAACUAACAUCAUGAGAGAUGUAUGGCACACAGCUUUGGAAAUGCCCCCAUAAAAAGAAAUCUCCAGUACAGAAAAAAACUAGUUUAUCAUUGUUCAUUACUUACACAUCGCAACCCACAUACAAUCCCUCAGACUCACAAACUCACUCUUCUCCAUGUGCUCACCCUCCACAAGAAUCACCUGUCAAUCAUACUCAGUAUCAGUUCCCAUCAGACAGCAAGAAGAAUUGCUAAAUAAAUGAGAUCUUGGAAGUCAAAGGAUUAAAACAGCUGCAUUCAAAUGUCACAAAUGUAUCCUUGUGUGAAUCAUUGCUAGGGCCCAACAUCUCACUCCUUCAAGGAGAGUCAAUGAGGGCCUAAGUUUGCAAGAGUUCUAAAAAAUGUGAAUUUGAAUGACGCAAGGGAGGAAAAUGAAUUAUGAUUUAACAUCAGGUGUGAGGUGUCAAGUUUAAAGUUAUCAGGAUUCAGCCAAAGUGUGUUAUCCAUCCAGUGGUAUUGAUUCAAUUUCUUAUUAGUUUGCCAAUUGUACCUUCAUGAUAAUUUUCCUUAACUCUCAUUUUUUUCAAUUAUUCAUGUUUGAAAGGUUUGGGAUGUAAAUGAUGGUCUGUGCCUUCACACAAUCUCCGAUCAUUGUGGCUCUGUGAAGGUUGCAUGCUCCUGCUAAUGUCUUUGUACUGAAAAUGAUACUUAAAACAUGUAUUUGCUGAAAAAUAUUUACACACUAUUUACUGAACUAGCUUUUAAACCAACAAUGACAUGAAGCAACAAGGAACAUUAGCAUUACUCCUCCAGGGAGGGGAUGCUCAGUAGUCUUUUGGGGCUACCCUUUGGUUACCCAUAAUGUUUGCAUGUUGGCCAUUAGGCCUCUCAGCACCCUUCUCCCUCUUAGCAUGUGACUAUUUUGGUGCUGUAAGACACAUGUUUCUCUGCUAGCUGGAAGAUUUGAAAUAAGAGGGAAGAGUUUUACCAGGUGCCUCGCACUGAUUAUAUCAGUGCUGGGCCCCUUGUAGACCUCUUGCCAGUCUGCAUUGCUCCAGUACUCAUACUUUCCUAUGGAUGAAGAAUACUUGUGGCUAAGUGCUAUUAAUCAGGGCUUGUACCUAGGCUACGUCCUCUAUAUUUUUCUUGGCACUGCAAGACAUGUUUCUCUGCUGGCUGGAAGAUUUGAAACAAGAGGGAAGAGUGUUACUAGGUACUUCGCACUGAUUAUAUCAGUGCUAGGCCCCUGGUAGAUCUCUUGCCAGCUUGCAUUGCUCUAGUAUUCAUACUUUCCUAUGGAUGAAGAAUACUUGUGGCAAAGUGCUAUUAAUCAGGGCCUGUUCCUAAGCUACAUCCUCUAUAUUUUCUUGGUGCUGCAAGACACAUGUUUCUCUGCUGGCUGGAAGAUUUUAAACAAGAGGGAAGAGUUUUACCAGGUACUUCGCACUGAUUAUAUCAGUGCUGGGCCCCUGGUAGAUCUCUUGCCAGCUUGCAUUGCUCUAGUAUUCAUACUUUCCUAUGGAUGAAGAAUACUUGUGGCAAAGUGCUAUUAAUCAGGGCCUGUUCCUAGGCCACAUCCUCUAUGUUUUUCUUCCCACAUAUCAUUUUUUUUGUUUUCAAUUUUUCAUGUAAAGGUUUAUAGUACACUGGCUGGUAGUAUCUGUACUACAUUUUUCAUGGAUUAAGUAAAACAUAAAUGGAAGAGUGAAAUUAAUAGGCUUAAGAUAAUCAGUUUAGUUUGAACUUAGACUAUAUUUUGACCAUGUAUCCAUAUUCUCAUGGUUUUGUACAUGAAGAAAAUGGCUGAAUGGCAUUGCUCAAAGACAACAACGUUUGAUAUUUUCUCAGUGUUUAGUGAACAUAAAAGAGGACAGGAUAUUUUUCUCUGGUGGUCAGGACUUGUGUGUUUGGAGUGAAAAGGGAGAGUUGCUGGAUAAAAUGCAGAGGAACAGUGAAGACUGUGAGUAGUGUAUUGGGUUUUUAAUUGUUCUUUGCAUCAGAAAUUGACAUAAAAUAAAAUAACAGUAAAUCAUUGAUAAGUUUCCAGUGAUAUUUGACAAUAUAUCCUUCUCCCCCGUUUGAAAAUAUUUUAUUUCAGUCAUUCUAUUGUGAAUUAUUUAAACAUGCUGAUUGAAUUGAUUUAUUUUUACCUCUAGGUGAUAUCCACACAUUGCUUCCUAUAAAGAAUAACCGAAUAGUGGCUGCUUCAAAUAAAUUUUCACUUGGUAAAGUUGUUCUGACUUAGAAACUCUUUCAUAUUCUUAUCUUGCCAACCUACUGUAGUGCUCCUGAUUAAGUUUAAAAGACACUACUUCUUCAUGACUGUUACAAAACAAACUCACAACACAAACUAAUUCUGAAUCGCUUAGCAAAGGCUGUAGUUAUACGGUCAUGUGAAGUUUACAUAUUUCUUGUGUGUCCUACCUACUAAUUUUCUCUUGCUUUCGCUUGACCUCACAAGCUACUUUAUAAUUAUAUCACACUCUUACAUGCUCUCAUGCAUUAACACUCCAUGUACUCCACCUGGUAUCAUCUUCCAGCCUUCCUGCUGUACCCCCUCUGUUUGUGCGUUUACUGGUUGCUCCAUCUGUUCAUUCAUCAGUCCAUCAGUUAGUCAAAGUCAAUCUGCCUUUCAGUCUUUCAUCUGUUCACUUCUUAAUUUCUUCAUUCAUUCAAUUAUUCAUUCAGUAUUUUUUCAUCUGUUUUUUAGUUCAUUGGUUUAUUUAUUUACUUACUCACUCACUCAUUCCUUUAGGUAUUUGUUUGUUUUUCCCUGAAUAUUCCAUUGUCAUGAAAUGCCUUAACCCUUUAAAACUCAUGAGUGACCAGUACAGAAUUUCUCCUUACAAUAUCAAUACAAAAUCAACCAGAAAGUGAUGAGAAUAAAGAAAAAUAUCAAUUUGGACAUAAUUAGUUGAUCCAAUACUGAAUUCUCUGAACUAACAUUAUAAGAAUUGCAUGAUUGACAUAAAAGAAUCACAAAUUUGAUCUGGGAGUUGAAGGGACAAUAAGAUAGUACAUGAUUAUAAAUGAUUUGACUGGUAUUUUAUUUGAUACCAACAGUGGUAUAUUCAGUGACAAGGAGCACAGAUGAUUCCCAAAAUAUAAAAAUAGUUGAAGUCACGAAACUCUCACCUCACAGGGAAUCAAUUAGAUGCCUUAUCAGUGUAGCAGGUUUGUUUUAGAAUUGAAGGCAAGUAGCUGAAAAAAAAUACUGUGUUGAAAUAAAUAGACUUGUUUGUUAGUAGCCAAUUUGGAACAGAGGUUUGAGACUGAUGAAAAAAAAUCUGACCAGCUUUUACUGGUAUUAGUUACUACUUAAAAAAUUAAGGUGAAUGAUUCUAAUUCAUAGAAUUUUGAACUCAAAGAGUCUACAUUCUGAGCAAAUUGGGACCAGACUUUUGCUUAGUGCCUCUUUGUGAAGAAUAAUCCCCAAAAUUAACUAUUUAAAAUUGUUACAAUGGUAAAGAAAUUUUGAAAAAGAUUGAGUUUCAAAUGGUAUUUUGAAAUGUCUUCUAAGUAAUAUUUUAAGAAUUUUACUAGGAGUGCACAAUUUAAUUUAGUUUUGAAUCCAUCUGUGUGGUAACAACUAUGUUUUUGAAAUCCAGAAAAUUCUGGUACAGAUUUCACAAUUUUUCAUAUUUGAGCAUAGGGAUGAAUUUAGAUCUAAAAUUGUGAUACUUGUGUCUUAAACCCAAAACUAACUCCUGAUGAUAGAUAGAUUAGUUUGCAUUGUUCAAAAAGAUGAGGUUUUGAACAGUAAAUGUUAGUGAUUAAUUUAUUGCAUAUAGAUCUACAGGUACAUGUAAGUAUAGUUAUUGAAAAAAGUGUCAACUUCACUUUUUUUCUUUGAUCAAAAGACAGCAUGUUUGCAUCAGCAUCACUGGAUGGAGCCAUCAUUCUGUGGAGCUCUCUUAGUCUUUCUUAUACACGACGGUUUAACUAUGUGAAGGACUAUGAAGGACCAUUUCACACCUACCCCGCAAGUACUCAGCAUAUCUUCACUGUUGAUCAGGUAGAACACUGAUAAGCCUUAGUAACGAGAACAGGAAGCACUGAAAAUCAAUUUAGUAUAUUCUCUCGGUCUAAUUAAUAAACUGUUUUGGGUGUGUGUGUGUGUGUGUUUUUUUUCCAAAUCUUCAUUUACAAUUACAUCAGUGAAAAGUGCAUCAUACACUUAAUUAUUAUACAGUCUAAUUUUGGAAAGAGAUAUCAAACAGCUCAACCAGUCUUGCCAUGCAGCAAAUAAUACAAUUUGUCUAUUUGUAGUGAAAGGAAAAGGAAAGGGGCAGCCUGAGUCUAGAUCACAAUUCAUCCUCAUGUAGUUUCUAGAUGUUCUCCACUUUUUUUUUUUUUUUUUUAUAAAGCUGAGUUGGUAUUAGUAUCCAUUGUCCAUGUACCUAACAUGUCUUGUUUAUUUAUUUAUAUAUUUAAUAAUUAUUCAUUUUAUGCUGUUUGUAGAAAUACAUAUUGGCUUCCAUUGGGCAUGGAUUUUUCUUGUAUGACACCAUGUCAGGUAUGAUGCUAUAUUUCAAGUUAGGUUGUGUGCAAUUGAUAAUUAUGAAAAAAUUUAUGGUUUCCAUCUCAACUGAUGACACCAAUAUAGACUUUUUUUUAGAUGACUUGGUUGGCUUUUAAUGAACGUACAUCUCUGUACUAAUGUAGGGAACUGCCUUGCCAAAGUCACGAAUGCACAUCAUGGGAAAAUAAUUCACUCUGUGCUGUUGUGUAAAGGGUAAGGUCUUUGAAAGUGGUAAAUGGUAAUGUGGAUCAUGUGGUCAAUGUGUACUUCUGAGGUAUGCUUUGCAACCCCAGCUAGUUAAAAAGUGCUUAAAUUUGUAUAGUCAUGGUAUAUGCAAAAAAUAGACUAAAAAACUCUGCAUUUCAUACAAAAACUCUAUCAGGAAUAAUUUAGAACUUCAAACAAAAUCAAGCAAUUGGCCUAAACUAAAAAAAUUUUGCAAUUGACUGUUGUAAUACCAAACCCAAAUUAACUACAACAGUCAAUCAGAAGAAAGGGAAAUACCUUUAGGAGCCAGUAAGAAAUUAAAGGAAAAACAACCAAACUGCAAAUCAGGCUCAGGUGCAACCAAGUUCUGAGUGGUUUUAGUUUUUGUCCGAUUGUUUGAGUGAGUGGUGCAAGUUUUCUGGACCAAUUAUGGAGUGAAGUAAAGCAAAAACAAUGAAAUUUAGGAUUAGUUUGAACAUUCAGAUGAAAAUUGUGCUCUGAGGAAGGAAUUUGAUCAAGACAAGUCUGGUUGUAGUUUUAUGUCAAAUUUGUAAAGAGGGUGGCAAAGCAUAGAAAAGUAAAACGUAGUAUAAGCCAUCUCAGAUUGAUUUCAACACUCACUUGAAAAUUUCUCUUAUAAUUAACUUAUCUUUUUGUUCAUAGUUAUCUUUUGGCAACCUGUUCUGAGGAUGGCUCUGUAAGAAUUUGGGGAUCACCAAAUCCUCUUUUUGUCUGUAAGUCUUUAUUUCUCUUUUUCUUUUUACACAGAUUGCUUUAGGAGGGCCUCUGCCUUAGAUAGCAUCUUUGCAAUUUUUUAAUCCCCCUCCUUGACUGUCUCUGAAUUGUACCUCAUUCCUUCCAGUUCCUGUUAGUUUUGGUCCACUUUGACCAGCUGAGGCUCUCUGAAUAAAUUUAUUUUCUAAGAUAUAUGAAAUUACAUCAGAAAUCUUCAGAGAGAGAGAGAGAGGCUGGCUUCCCACUGCUGUGAGUUGGGUUUGAUUCCUGUUCCAGGGGUCACACAUGGUCUGAGUUUGGUGAUGUUUCUCAUCCUUGCUCUAAGAGUUUCUCUCCAGCAGGGUUCUCCGGAUUUUCUCCCCUGUGACCCAUAUAGCUGAAGCUUAUUUUGAUUUCCAUGGCAUAAAGUGACCAGGACCUUUACUUUUCCCCCAUUCAAUAUAUUCCCCCUUUCAAUCUCAGGGUUAUCCCCUAGUAUUUCAUCAGGCUUCCCUUACAAUUUAUUGCUGAUACCCAUUUAUAUUCCUGAGUCCAGGUGGCUAACCAUUACGCCUGCGCGUUCCCCACACGCAAAAUAUCUUCUAAUUCUAAUUUGAGUGGUGUAAUAUUCACUAUGCAAUUAUAUGAAAAAAUAUUUCACUAUAAAAAUUGAAAAUUGUUUUUGAAUUUCGGCUCGGUUUGGAAUAACCGCAAGGAAAAUCCCAACUCGUUUAUAGAUAUUUCCUCAAUUUUCUUUUUUGUUAAUGUAGUCUAUUGUCUUUUUUAUAGGUGAUGGUUCUACGUCGCCAUCCUUCACUUUGCAAGUGGAGAGAUUUCUUGGUAAAAGGUAAACCAAUACUUACAGGUGUAAGUUAAAUGUGUUUCUCUUAUUUGUUCAUCCUAACGUCAUAUUUGAGUAUUUUUUUCAUCCCUUUUCCAGCAUUUCAGAAGUGCAAAAUAUCAAGUCACCAAUCACUCCAGCGCUUCUUGGAGAGUGUCUGGCUCAUACGGGCGCCAUACAUGUAAGUUAAAUAAAGAACGACUUUGACUUAUUAGUUGACAGAAAGAUUUUCACUUUGUUGAAUAAAUUGAACAUACAAAUUCCAAAGGCAGUUGGUUGGUUGCGUCUGAUUGGUUGAGAGGAUGGUGCGAGAGAUCUGGACCGAUAGCAGAGCAAAGUGAGGCAGAACCAAAGUAAUCUGGGAUUACUUUCGACCCUUAACCCUUCAACUCCUAGAAGUGAUUAGCAUGUAACUUCUCCCUAAAAUAUCCACACACUAUCUAACAAACAGGUAAUGAGAAUACUUAAACUUAUCACAUACAAGUUGUUUUUAUUGAUUGAACACCAAAUUCUCUCAACUAAUUUAGAAGGAAAUAUGUAGUAGCAAUAAGGGAGAAUUAACAAUCAGAUCUUGGGAAUGAAAGGGUUAAUUGAGAAUUACUCUAAGAUCAACGUAACAUACUCUGAUGUUGUUAGAAGUUACUUGAUUUUAAUGUUAUGGGUUUGGAGAGGUUUAACUUUUUAUCUAAAUGCUGAUUAAUCUGCGACCGAAAUUCCGGUCCUCACCGAUGUCCACGCCUUGAAACUUUGAAUCAGUGCAAAAUAAGAUUUGAAAUCAAAUGCCUUUCUUUUAUAAUGACUGUUAUUCUCCAAAUAGAUGGCUGUUAAUCUUGGUGAGGAAGGCUUUGCUUCCUGUGGAAGUGAUGGCCUUGUUGUCUUGUGGAAGGUAAGUGGUAUUUUUCUCGAUAACGAAGUUUCUAAGCUCCACUCCCUCGCCAAGUAUGGUCUGUAAGUAGCCGCCUUAAUUCAGUUCCAUUUGGGGCGAAAAAACGUAGUCUAAGGUCUCACUAGUAAUGCAUUGCGCACCCUUACUGCGUAUACACAUACAUAAACAUGAUUGCCUUUUUUCCUUUAUGGCCGUAGCUAGUUAGUGAGGUAAGUCGUCAUUUUCUAAAAAAAAAAGAUACUGAGGAGAGCCAACAGACUUUUUUCUUCUACUUGAGCUUCAAUUGCUUCGCUUUCAUUUGAAUUUAAAGGACGACUGAUACCCUUUGUAUAAUUCGAAAUGAUCGUCAAAUUCACAAGUAUGCAACUGCAUAUAGUGUUCGAUAUUGCAGUGAAAAUCUAAGUUCCAUUGAGGUGAACAACCAUUAGGUAAAGUUCGACAAAAACUUUGGUAGGGGUUCUGCAAUUUUUUAAGGAUUCAGUCACGAUAACCGCGUUCUCAACAUGUGGUAGACCUAUUUCAGUCAACGCUAGAUCUCUUUUGCUUUCAGGACGGUGAACUGGAGAAGAAGAGAAGGAAUGAAAUGGUUCGAAAUAUCUUGCUAUCGAUGGAUGAUACGAGAUGAUGUAGGGAUAUUGUUAGCCGCUGAUCAGGACUGUUAAUUAACUCAACACACUCACGACCCUGGGGACUUUCGCUCCAUCUGAUAGUUGUAUCAACAUCAGGCUUACAGGACACGAACAGCAAUCGUAGAGAGAAUGCACUGCUCUUGGCCCCCUUUAACCUCGACCAGUCAAUAGAAAAACCCCUGUGUAAACAUUCCAAAUCAAGCGCUAGACGGACAUUCUUCCAAGAUUUAAAAAAGAAUGUAUAGAGAAGUAAAUACUCUCCUCUCAAAAAUGGUUGUGACGAAGCUUUGAUUAGAGCGAUGCUCUACUGUGUUUAGCUAACCUCUGUCCGAGUGAAAGCGGUAAAUCGGUGAUUAGAAUAGUUUUGUUUAUCAAACGGACAUAAAAAAGGAAUGAAAAUACUAAUUCCAGGAAGAGGCUUCAAAAUUUACAGUGGAAACA